UCACCGAUCAAGGGAAAGAGCCAAAGAUGUCGGCUCGGUCAUGUGAUCAGCUGUGUCCAAUCACAGAUAAUCACUGAUCAUCAGGGCACUGAUGAUCAGUGUGGCCCCAGAAGUGCCACCUGUCAGUGUCCAUCAGUGCCAGCUGUCAGUGCUGAACAGUGCCACUUGCCAGUGCCCAUCAGUGCCACAUCAAUGCCACAUAUCAGUGCCUACCAGUGCACAUCAAUGCCACAUAUCAGUGCCUAUCUGAGCUGCCUUUCAGUGUCACCCAUCAGUACCAGUCAGUGCCACCUAUCAAUGCCAAUCAGUGCCACCUAUCAAUGCCAAUCAGUGCCACCUAUCAGUGCUGCCAAUCAGUGCCACCUAUCAGUGCCAGUCAGUGCCACCUAUCAGUGUGCAUCAGUGCCGCCUAUCAGUGCCCAUCAGUGCCACCUAUCA